CCAUAGCUGAGACAGUCCUAAAACGAUUUCUCUCGUCCGCAGUCGCUCGGCGCUUCGACCGCCACCAGUCGCCGUCGUCACCGGAACGCUUCUCUAUUGAUCGCUUUCAUUCACAAUGUUUUGACAUUCCGGAGUGAAUAAUAAAUAAAAUAGUACUACGCACCACCACAUUAGUACUUGGAAGUGUUACCGGUGUACGAGCUAAUUUUAAGUUAGAUCAAUUUCAAAUUAACACUGCUUAUAUUGAACAUAAAUACUUUUAAUAGGUAAAGCGGCAACUAAAGAUGAGAGACACGAAGAAACGUGAUGGCGCACAUGAAGUCAUGUUGGCCAAGGGCAAAAAGCCGCAAGUGGCCAGCAAAGAAGCCCAAAGUGCGGAAGAAUAUGAAGCUCUUCAAAGUUUUCUACGCAGCAUCAGUUCAACGGCAACUCUACCUCCUUACGUGAAAGGAGAAACCUAUUCAUCAGUUCGAGGUGUAUUUAAUCAGUGUUUAAUAACCUGCGCAGUACUCAUCUUGGCGGCGGGCGCAGGACACCCUAUUGGAUUUUCAGCAGUCGCUCUGCCACAACUUCGCACGGAAAAUUCCUCAAUGAGAAUUGACGAUGAGAUGGGAUCGUGGAUAGCAAGCAUCCAUUCAGCAGCAACACCAUUAGGGUCGAUGUUGUCCGGUCCUAUUAUGGAAGCUAUAGGGCGACGGAAAACUCUACAAGCGUCUACUCUGCCGCUGAUUGUAGGAUGGAUACUCAUAGGAACAGCGUCCCACCAUGCUCUUUUACUUUUGGGAAGAAUUGUAUGCGGUUUCGCAGUUGGCAUUCUUGCGGCACCCUCACAAGUGUACUUAGGAGAAAUCUCAGAACCUCGGUUAAGGGGCUUGCUUAUAGGGACACCUUUUGUAGCGUACUCGCUAGGUGUACUCUAUGUAUACGCUCUAGGAGGAGCUCUUACAUGGCGUUCGGUGGCUCAUUUAUCAAUAGUUCUACCUGCGCUAGCAUUUGCAGCGUUAUGCUUCUCACCAGAAAGCCCAACAUGGCUUGCACGGCAAGGACGUUUCCAUGACGCCAUGGCAGCUAUGUCGAGAUUACGAGGAGAUUCAGAUACAGCGCAACGGGAACUUCACGAAUUAAUAUCGGCUCGCGAAAAGGAAAAGGCGCGAGGCGAAGAGAGCGUCCGUUUUCUCGCUACUGUUCUACGGCCGCCUGUACUGAAACCGCUUUUGUUGAUCAAUGCGUUCAACAUGCUACAAAUCUUAUCCGGAAGUUAUGUCGUCAUAUUCUACGCUGUUGACAUUAUUAAUGAUGCUGGAGGUUCUCUUAGUUCUCACAUGGCAGCGAACGCGAGCGCCUGUGUUAGGCUUGCCGUCACAGUUAUCGCUUGCGUGCUCCUGCUAAGAGUAACCCGACGAUUCCUCGUACUCCUCUCAGGUAUCGGCACGGCGGUCUGCACUUUGGCUCUCGCCUUCCUCCUGAGCCAAGGACCCGGAACAGGCGUGACUCCACCGGCACUUAUCCUUGGUUACGUCGCCUUUAACACCCUUGGCUUUUUCCUUCUACCGGGCCUCAUGAUUGGCGAACUUCUCCCUACAAAAGUACGCGGUCUUUGUGGAGGUUACAUUUUCUGUCUCUUUAACGCUGUUCUCUUCGGAUUUACAAAAUUAUACCCUAUCAUGAAAAAUAGUAUCGGCAUGGCUGGAGUUUUUGGACUUUUCGGCGCUGCAGCAUUGCUCGCUACCAUCGUCCUAUUCCUGUUACUUCCGGAAACUAAAGGCAAAUCUCUCAUCCAAAUAGAACAGUAUUACCAAAAGCCUAAUAUACUUUGGGUAACACGUAAAAGAACGGCAGACACUCAGAACGUUUGAAAUGCUGGAAAAGUAUUAUGAUAUUACUUAAAUAAUAAUAGACACUUAUGAUAAUGAUACUUAAGCGCCAACGACUUGCCGUAUUGUGCAACAUUAUCGGUAAUCGGCAUCACUAGGCUUGCCAAGUAUUAGCAUGUUCCUAAUAUUAACGUGUCACAUUCAGUGAGCCAGUAUUUACUUGAGAAUAUGAUGCUUAAAAUGGAACGUCUAAACGUUUACGACAUCGUAAUUAAAGAUUUACUGAUUGAAACGAUAUUAAAAUAGCUGAGACACAACACAAAUGGAUAUGUUUAAUUAUAUGAUAAUCCAAAGCUAAGAAUGUUAACCUUACUGAAUCCAAAGGAUUAUUAAAAAAGUGUUAAAAUUUAGCUAUAAAUAAAUAUCAACUUGCGUCUUCUAUUUAAUUGUAUAUGUAAUGUAUAAAUGUUAAUAUAAGCUUGAUGUUUAAAUUUACCAUCUUGCCUGGUUUAGAAGUGUAUAUAAUAAUAACAAUAUUUUUAUAAUGCAUUUUAACAGUGACCAAUUAUUUUAUAUUUAUUUUAUUGUACAAGUUUACGAUUUUGAAACAAUAUAUUUUAUGAAGCCAUUUAAAAUUACAAUGUGUGGUUAUGUAUGUAUGACAAAGUGUACCUACAUAAACUAAAAUUUAGAUUUUGUAAUGUGUACUUUUAUGUAUAAAAGCGCAGGUGCGAAUUUAUUAUUUUCAAUCCAAUUUAAGUUGUAUAAUCUUAUUUUUUUAAAAAACCUUUCCAAUGCUUAUGAUAACAACUAUUUAAUAUUUUGAUUUGUAAUUGGAAUAGUUUUGUAAAUUAAUUCAUCCAAACAUUUUAUGCUCGCACAAAAAAUUAAAAAAAAAAAUGAUUUACAUAUAUAUCGAAAUUUAUUACGUAUAAUUGAGCUGUAUGCCCAUCUUUUAAAUAAUAUUUGUAAUAUGUUUAGUUCAUAGUAGAGAAAUGUAUUUCAUUAUUUAUAAAUAUAUAUAUAUAUAUACAUAUAUUUAUUAAGAUUUCACAACACUAUUAGUAAUUUAAUUUCUCCUGUUAACCUAAUCUGUGUAAUGUAACGAGUAGGUACCGCAUCGUAUGUGAUAUGAGAUUUUUAUCUGUGAUUUAUACAGUGUCCAUAAUAAACACAACCUAGGUGCUUCUUAAACGAUGUAUUUAUGUAAGUAGUUAUUUUAUAUGCCUAGGAAGUUUAAUGUGAUACAAAUAAAUAAAA